CGCCAGCCAGAACGCACGCGCACUCCGUCCUCGCUCGCUCAGUCAGUCACUGCAGGGCCCGGGGCGUCACACCCGCAGGCCCCGCCCCGCUCCCGUGCGCCGAACGCUGCAUAUCCGGGUUCCCGCCGCCUCGCCGCCGCUGCCUCGCUCAUUCACUCUUGCCGGGAGUGGUGUGAUUCCCGACCAAAAUGGCGGCUGUGGGGAGAGUCGGUUCCUUCGGUUCCUCUCCACCGGGAUUAGCCUCGACUUACACGGGCGGUCCCUUGGCCAACGAGCUAACGUCGGGCAGCGGCGGCGCCGCAGCAGGCGACGACGAGGACGGGCAGAACCUUUGGUCCUGCAUCCUCAGCGAGGUCUCCACCCGCUCGCGCUCCAAGCUCCCCGCGGGGAAGAACGUACUGCUGCUGGGUGAAGAUGGAGCUGGAAAAACAAGCCUAAUAAGAAAAAUUCAGGGAAUAGAGGAGUACAAGAAAGGAAGAGGAUUGGAAUAUUUGUACUUAAAUGUUCAUGAUGAAGACAGGGACGAUCAAACAAGAUGUAAUGUAUGGAUCUUAGAUGGAGACCUAUAUCACAAAGGCCUCCUUAAAUUUUCACUGGAUGCCAUUUCUCUGAAGGACACUCUAGUUAUGCUGGUUGUUGAUAUGUCAAAGCCCUGGACUGCUUUGGAUUCUUUACAGAAAUGGGCAAGUGUUGUUAGAGAACAUAUUGACAAAUUAAAACUUCCUCCUGAAGAAGUGAAAGAAAUGGAACAAAAGUUGAUUAGAGACUUCCAAGAAUAUGUAGAGCCAGGAGAAGAUUUCCCAGCUUCUCCUCAGAGAAGAAAUACCGUGUCACAGGAAGACAAAGACGACAGUGUGGUGUUACCUCUGGGUGCGGAUACACUUACACAUAACUUGGGCAUUCCAGUACUAGUAGUUUGCACAAAGUGUGAUGCCAUUAGUGUAUUGGAGAAAGAACAUGACUACAGAGAUGAACAUUUUGAUUUUAUUCAGUCACAUGUUCGGAAGUUUUGUUUACAGUAUGGUGCAGCACUUAUUUACACUUCAGUAAAAGAAAACAAAAAUAUAGAUUUAGUAUAUAAAUACAUUGUUCAGAAACUAUAUGGAUUUCCCUACAAGAUUCCUGCCGUUGUUGUGGAAAAAGAUGCAGUAGUUAUUCCAGCAGGAUGGGAUAAUGAUAAGAAAAUAGGAAUACUACAUGAAAAUUUUCAAACAUUAAAAGCAGAAGAUAAUUUUGAAGACAUUAUAACUAAACCACCUGUCCGAAAGUUUGUGCAUGAGAAGGAAAUUGUGGCAGAAGAUGACCAGGUGUUUCUGAUGAAGCUACAGUCUCUCUUAGCAAAGCAGCCACCAACUGCAGCUGGAAGGCCUGUGGAUGCCUCACCAAGAGUCCCAGGAGGCUCCCCUCGAACACCAAAUAGAUCUGUGUCGUCCAAUGUUGCCAGUGUGUCACCCAUCCCUGCUGGGUCAAAAAAAAUUGAUCCAAACAUGAAAGCUGGAGCUACAAGUGAGGGUGUCUUGGCAAAUUUCUUCAAUAGUUUGCUGAGUAAAAAGACUGGCUCUCCAGGAGGCCCUGGUGUUGGUGGUGGUAGCCCUGGAGGUGGGGCUGGAGGUGGAAGCAGCGGUUUACCACCGUCCGCCAAAAAGUCAGGCCAGAAGCCCGUCCUAUCAGAUGUUCAUGCGGAACUUGACAGAAUUGCACGAAAACCAGUUACAGUUUCUUCUACAACACCUGCAUCUCCUACGGAAGGAGAAGCUUCUUGAAGAUACCAAAUAAAGCCAUUUAUUCAGUUUUCUGGGAUAAUGUAAACUUGCCUCUGCCUUUUCCUUCAAAAGUGGAAUUAGGGAGCUGGAGUGCUUUUUCAGAUGGACUAAAUUUAUGUCUUUGUUGUGUGUGUGGUUGCCCAUUUUCAUAAAAGGGAGCUAUAUAGAAGAAAAUUGUUCUACACUAUGUAAGAUUGCUGUUUACAUUGCCACUUUGCAUAAGGAAGUAAUUUUGGAUUUUGAAAAACUAAAAAUUUAUAGAUCUGAAAUACAGCCAUCAGAUCAUAUUCUAAAGGCUGUUUAAAACAUAUGGUUUAGGAAAGGGCAGCAAGUAAUAUGCUUUGGGCAUUUGACUGACUUGGAAGUCCAAGCUUAUUUUAGUUAAGACUUAAAAUCAUUUUUAAAAAUUAUGAGUUUUUCUGGAAAAGAAAAAAUGAUCAACGUCAGAUUUUCCACACCAAUGUCAAUGUACCACCACACAUGGAAUAUGCUGAGAAAACUAUCAGAUAGCAUUUGAUACACUAGUCAUUGUCUCAAUCCAUGAUCCUAUACAUUGUCAUCAAAAUACGAUUUAGAAAUAUUGACCAAGAUUUGUUUCCUUAACUGAGAAGAAAAGAAAGCACACUGCCUAAAUGUGUGAAAGAAAAAUGCAGAGGUUAUUAAAAUGUAAAGAGCUAACAGUCUUUGGAUUUGUCUAUAUAUAUAGAGAGAUGUAUCUGCAUCUUUCUCUCUCUAUAUAUAUAUAUGGCUCUGCCUUAAUAUACCCCUUUUUUGUUUGUGACUUUCAACUGUAAUCAGUUAAUAAAGUAUUUAUUCUCUGCAUUCAGGUUUAAAUAACUUGUUGCAUUCUAUUUAAAUUUGUAUUUAUCAGAUAGUAAGAUUUGUUAGUAUUUUGAAGUGUUUGGUUUAAUAGGAUUAUUAAGCAUUCUGAUCUUUCUUCUUUCCAAGAGACAAGUGAGUACAUGAGAUUCACUAUCCUGUAAGUUUCGUUAAACUGGGAGUUUACCUUGAUCAACACGUCUUCCCCACAGGCAUGUCUAGAACUGCAGGAUUGUAUGUCAGCCUUCCUAGUAGAUAAAAAUAUAGCCUUUUAUCAUUAUUUAAUGGGCAGAAGCUAUUUAAAAGCUUGGCAAAUGCACUGACACAUAGCUACUCUCUAACAGGUGAGAACACCUGUUAGUAGUUCCAUCUUGUCAGUACUCAGUUUUCAGUGCUUGUUUUAGAACCUUCAUAAGAACAAUUUGAUCUUAUUGAAUUUCAGCUAAAAACACAUGCACAUUGACCUAUUGAGUCAUUUUAGAUAAUUG